AUGUCAGAUCUCCGCCGCAGCAGAGGACCCGAAGAACCACCAGAGUCUGAUGUUCCAUCAUCAACCAUGGUAGUACUAAGCCAGCUGAGGUUCCCUCGAAAGUUUUAUGAAGAAAUGGGAAAGCUUCAGGUUAUAUCAUAUGAUAAUAUGGAGUAUCCUUUGCUUUCCUCGUCACUUGAAUGCUGCACCAACCUUCGAGUGCUUUGUCUCCAUGAAUGCUCAUUGGCGUUUGAUUUCUCUUCUAUUGGAAACCUGUUGAAUCUGGAAGUGCUCAGCUUUGCUAGUUGUGAUGGUCUUCAUAUAGAUAAUGGUGUCUUUAAAAUUUUAAUCGGACUUGAAGAGAUUUACGCUUACCAUUCUGAUAGUUAUCUAGGCACCGUUAGCUUUACAGGUGAUGACUGCAAGGAAGUCGCAGAACGUUGGAAGAACCUUUCUAUAUUGGGAUUUCAGUUCUUAGAAAACGGUGCUCAGUGGAAGAAUCUAUCAUUUGAGAAUCUUGAACAAUUCGAGAUCUCAGUGGGAUGUUCUUUACACAGAGAAUAUUUCAAGUAG